CUUUAAAAAACAUAAAACAGAAAGUGUAACAUUAAUACCAAUUUGUAUAAAACACAUGAUUUGAAACGUUAAUAAGUAAGAACCCAUUAAAACAUUAUUAUCUGGUGGGUGGCAGGUCGCCGUCAAUCUUCGCCACCAUUGUCCACCACGUCCACUCCCGUCACCUUUUCCGAUAAACAUUCAAUCCCCGUGCCGGUCUCCCAAAUAGUCUUCCUACCUUCAACUGCCUACACCAACUCUUAAAUUAACAAUCUCAAAAUCCAAACCCUUGCACAAAGAAAAAAUGGUUUUUAGCAAGCUCGCUACUGCUCUAACAGUGAUCUUCUUCGUCUCCAUCGUAGCUCUCAUCUGCGAACUCCUGUACGUUCUAUGGCGCCACCGUUCCUUCCGCCGCCACUCCUCCCCUCCUCCUCCUACCCACAUCGGCGACCAAAACCCUGAUAACUUCCCCACCGCCGAUGCUGCAACUAAGGAGCUGCUGCUUUACUUCUUCUGCUUGAAACCACAUAUACCAGAAGAUUCAUCUGGACGACCCAACAAGAACACAGAUGCAUCAUCGCCGAACGACGAGGUGAUUGACGUUUUUAAGUUGUUUGAAGCAAAUGGACCCUCGAGGUUUCUUUGCACUAUCAAAGAGGAAGACAAAGAAGAUGUGGAAUCAACGUCUGACGUUGACUUUGCAAACAGAUCGACGACAAAGAGUUCGGGCUUGCAGUCGGGUGUUCAGUUAGCUCGGGAACCAGUGGCGGUGGAGGAGGAGGAGGAGGAGGUCGCUGUGACGGUUGACGGGGAUGAUGGAAGUAUGAAGACGGAGUUCUCUACGCCGUGUGAUUCACCGUUGUUUUUUACGCCGGAGGGAUCUCCGUCACGAGAGGUUAUAGAUUUGGAGUUCGUUAUUUCCGUUCAUGCAACCGGAAACGUGGAUGAAAGAUGAUCGGUAGGCGUAUAUGUGUAUAUAUAAAGCAUGGAACUUUAUGUGUAUCUCAUGUUGUAGUGUUAGCUUCUUUAUGUGUAUCUUUGAAGCUUGAAUUUGCUGUUGAUGUAUUGUGAUCCACCGGAGGAGAUACUCUCCGGCUAAGGUAUCCGACGUUUUGGUCAUGUUUGAUUGUUUGCUAUAAUUUUAAGUCAACAACCGAACUAGAUACUCUUUUGUUUCCUA